AUGGAUCUAGCGAGGUAUUACAACAUAGUCUACGACCAGCAGUUCUCACCGAGCGGCAAGUACCUGGCCACAGGCGACGCCUACGGCAGGAUCGCCGUCUUCAGUCUAACUACCGUGGGGUCACUACUGGCCAGUGGAGGUUGCAGUGACAUCAGACUGUGGAAGUGGGAGGAGCUUGUCUCCUCCUUGGCUGACCCUCAACCCCUCCAUGUACUCACCCCUCAAUCUGGGAAGAGUGGUUCUACGGACACAAACAGCCUUGUCUAUGAUGCUGCGUCUGCUACCCUGUACUCUGGUGGAGGGGACAACACAGUCCAGGCCUGGGAUAUCAACACCGGAACUGUCAAGAGAGUGUUUUCAGGGCACACUGGCUACAUCCACUGUCUCUGUGUCAAGAGUGGAGGUGGUGUUCUGUCAGGGGCUGAAGAUGGAACCGUCAGGAUGUGGGAGAAGGUCAUCAGGCACUGGGCGGUGAACGGAGAGCCUCUGGCUGCAGUGCCUGGCGGACAUAGCCACACAUUCUCCCUCGCUCACAACUCCCACCACAAGUCCAAACAAUACGAGAUGUUGACAGCGUGUGGCGACUCCUCUGAUGUCCAUGUCUUCACUGACUUUGGCUACAGAGCUUUCUCUCUCACAAUCACAAACUAGACUUGCAACUUUCUCAAUUUCACACCAAUAUUAUACUACUUUCUAUCUUACUGCUUUGUCAACAUGGAUUGACUGUGGAUACGAGAUUAUCACUUCCCUUAAUUUUUGGUUUUAUCUACGCGAUGAUGCGGACCUGGUCUCUGCCGGCGGCCUCUGCGCAUAUUAGGAAUUUGCAUGUGCAGCAGAUUAGAAGCGAGAAGAAGCGGCAGAUGGCGUUCGAAAUGGCAGACAGGCUAAGCGCUCUCAGACAGGGCCCAUUAGUGACAACUGGAGUUGAGGGCACGGCAAUAACAAUUGAAGUGGAGAUGGACAAUAAUCUCAAUGAAGUCUUUGCAUCUGUGGAUCAUCUGGCAGACACCAUAAAAAAGAUUGAGGAAUUCAUUGAGCACCUUAGAAAGCUGUACGAAAAUGUUUUACCUUCCCAAAGCCAAGUUCUAGCCGAAAGCCGCCAGACUAUGGAACAGAUUAAAUCUCUUGCUCUGAAGGUUCAAGCCGAUCUUAAGAAAAAGAAACAGGAGAUUAAUUCGGUAGCACAGACACCAGAAAGGCACUCGGCAGAAUCAAGAAUCAAGGAAGCACAACACUCGACUCUGGCUCGCAAGUUCCACGACGUCAUGAGUGAGUACAAUCAGGUUCAGGAGGAGUACAGGGACAAGACCAAACACAGGAUCACCAGGCAACUGCAAGAAGCUGGAAGAGAAGCGACGGAGGAGGAGGUUGAAGAACUGCUUGAUCUGGCACCAACGUGUUUUUGAAAGACGUGAGAUCAUAGCGAGUCACAGAGAGGAGAAUAAAGAGGGAAGGGGGAGGAUUGAAGUGGCAUUGAAUAAAACUGUUUCCACAGGACCUCGUUGACACGGCUCAGAAGAGGCAGGCUCUCAACGAGGUCGAGGCUCGUCACAAGGAGAUCAUGCAACUGGAGGCCAACAUCAGGGAACUGCACGACAUGUUCCUUGACAUCGCCAUUCUUGUGGAAGAGCAGGGAGAACUCUUCAAUGUAAUAGAGCACUACCUGGAGAGUACAUCCUGCUUUGUCUACAAGGGAGUAAAGGAAAUGAGACAGGCCGUUCCAUUUCGUCGGUUCACUCGGUCGCAAAGUAUCAAGAAAAGAUUUAAACAGUGUGCUGGAUAUUUUGCUAGACUAUUAAAGUCCCUUCGUGAACCCGAUCUCAGCUGGAUUUACAAAAUUCUUGUUCUUUUGAUACUACUCUUGAUCCCAAUUUUGGCCAUUUUCAUAAUCAUACUGAUUAUCUGUGUGGCACUUUGUUGUACUGACAGUGAAUAGCCUAAAUGACAGAUAAUAGCAGCACAAAAUUCUUUUAGUGCAUAGCCUUUUGCAGUUAUAUUGGUGUCUAUGGUAUGAUGUA